CAAAAAUCUCGAAAUCGAUAGUCAGUGUGAUUUUGGUUGAGUAGUURAAAGCUGCAGAUAAAGGAUCCAUGACAAUCUAUACUCAGUGUAUGCACGUUACCGAAGUAAAUAACAAGGAAUUCAAUACAAUGGCAGAACACAAAGAAGAAGUUGUAAUAUCAGGUAUAGGUGGAUUGUUUCCAGAAAGCAAUAACUUAACUGAAUUAAGCGAUUUGUUAUUCAACAAGAUAAAUGGAGUAACAAUCGAUGGGAGAAGAUGGAAACCAGAUAAAUUAGGCGCAAUAAGUAGUACUGGAAAAAUUAAAAAUAUCAAUAAAUUUGAUGCCACAUUCUUUAGUGUUCAUCCAAAACUUUCCAAAGUUAUGGAUGUAAUGACAAAACUAUGCUUAGAAAGAUCAAUUGAAGCAAUUAUCGAUGCUGGUUUGAGUCCAUCAGACUUGCAUGGAACAAAUACAGGAGUAUUUAUGGGAUCUUCAAUUAGUGAAACGGAAAAGAUAGCAAUGAUUAACGAUUCAUCUACAGGAUUUGUAAUGUUAGGUGUAAGUAGAGCAAUGCAAGCAAACCGGCUUUCUUUCAUACUCAAUUUAACAGGACCGAGUUUUUGCAUGGAUGGAGGAUGGAUUUGUGGAUCCAAUGGUUUGAAAAAAGCCAAAGAAAUGAUUGAAAAUGGUUUCAUAUCAUCUGCAAUUGUGGGUGUUACGAAUSUGACUCUUCGACCAGAAUUACAAUUCUUAUCUCAAGGUUUGAAUAGAUUAACCAAAAGUGAUCAAACUAARUCAUUCAGUUCUGAUGCUGAUGGAUAUAACAGAUCAGAGGCUUGUAUUGUUUUGUAUCUUCAAAAAGCUUCUGAAGCUAAACGUUCAUACGGAACAUUAUUAAAYGUCAAAUCGGUGCAAUUUGGUAAUCAUGAUGGAACAAUAACCGAKCAYGAUAGAAAUCACUUUAAAUCAUUACUGUUAGAUUCUUAUAAAGAAGCUAAUAUAGAUCCGGCUACAGUUGAUUUCAUAGAAGCUUAUGGAUCAGGGAUUAAGAACGAAGAUGCUAUGGAAUUGAACAUAAUGGAAGAAGUAUUUUGUACCGAAAACAGAAAGACACCUUUGAAAGUAGGUUCUGUGAAAAGYAACGUAGGUCACUGUGAAGUGUCUAGUCUAUUUAUGUCAAUUGUAAAAGCAAUCAUAACGUUAGAAAGUGGAAACAUACCACCCAACAUAAAUUACACUGAACCAAAUGAAAAUGUACCAGCGUUAAGAAAUGGAAAAAUUCAAGUAAUCACUGAAAAAACUCCGUUUGUUGGCGAUAUUAUCGGAAUAAGUUCAUUUGGGUUGAUAAAUGCAUUUAGUCAUGUAAUUCUUAAAAGAAAUAAUAUCGUUCAUAACAAAAUUGUAGACGUCCACAAUCCUACMAAUAUGCCGCAUUUAAUAUUAGUAUCGGGRCGGAAUGAAGAAAACGUCAGAGAAACAUUAAGCAAGAUUAAAAUGCACGGAAACAAUGCAGAGUUUGUGUCAUUGACUAAUGACUUAUUCACUAGAAACAUAAAUGCUCAUUUYUUUAGAAGUUUUAACAUUUUUCCRAAUAUGGACGAAUCACGAAAAGAUGAUAUCUGGAAUGUUGGCAUAAAACGUCCGGUAUGGUUUAUAUUCUCCGGUAUGGGAUCACAAUGGCAAGGAAUGGGCACAGAUCUAAUGAAAAUUCCAGUAUUCGCUGACGCUAUUAACAAAUGUGAUAUUAUUCUAAAACCACGAGGAGUUGAUAUCAAGAAUAUUUUAACCAGUCAAGAUCCGAAACUUUUCGACAACAUUCUUAAUUCGUUUGUUGGAAUUGCUGCAGUUCAGAUUGGAUUAGUAGAAGUUUUGAGAGCAUUAGACAUUACACCCGAUGGGAUCAUAGGCCACUCGGUCGGGGAAUUGGGAUGUGCCUACGCAGAUGGUUGUUUUACAGCUGAAGAAAUGAUAUURGCUGCUUACGCUCGAGGUCGAGCUUCAUUAGAAACAGACGUUAUUCCUGGAAUGAUGGCCGCCAUCGGACUUGGAUAUGGCCAAAUUAAAGAUAAACUUCCUCAUGACAUUGACGUYGCUUGUCGUAAUAGUGCAACUAGCUGCACAAUAUCCGGUCCAGUUGAAAGCAUCAAUGAAUUCGUAUCACAAUUAAAAUCCGAAGGCGUCUUCGCAAAAUCCGUCAAUGUAGCUGGCAUAGCAUUUCACAGUAGAUAUAUUCAAUCCGCUGGCCCUACACUGCUAAAAUAUUUAAAAGAUGUGAUCAAAGUACCAAAAAAAAGGACUUCUAAGUGGGUUAGUAGUUCGUUGCCAGAAUCUGAAUGGGAGUCUGACCUCGCAAAAUAUUCUUCUCCAGAAUAUCAUACCAACAAUCUAUUGAGUAGUGUGUUAUUUGAAGAAAUGUACACUAGUGGAUUAAAUCCAAAAAUUAAAAUGCUUUAUCCAACAAUAAAAUAUCCUGUUAGUCGUGGAACACCUUCAAUUUAUGGUUUACCGUUUUGGGACCAUACUGGAAGAUGGUCCAAUGAAAUACAUGAGUUUCUAAAAGAGCGGUCUGGUGAACACAUUUUUUCAUUAGUCCUCAAUGAUGAUAUACACUUAGAUAAGUACCAAAUUCAUGGUCAGAAUAUAAUACCAUUUUCUGUUAUAUUAUAUAAUGUGUGGAAGACAUUGAUUGAAAUAAACUCUAAGAGUUUAAACAAAAAUUCGGUUAAAUUUCAAAAUCUUCGAUUCAAAAAUAAUAUCAAAAUUCAUACAACUGAUUCUAUUGAUGGAUAUAUCAUGAUUCAAUUGGGUUCUGGUCUUUUUGAGUGCAAUGUUGAUAAUGAAAUUAUUUUAUCGGGUGAAAUUCAAUUUUUAAAUGAUAAAGUGUUAUCUUCGACUGAAGAAAACUUAAUACACUUCGACGAAACAUCUGACGACUUCUAUUACAAUGCAUCGGAAAAUGAUAUUUAUUCUAUUUUAGAAAAUAAUGGAUUCAAUUUAGGAUUCAAAAACAUUACUAACCUUGAAAUUUAUAAAACUAAAAUCCAAGGUUCCGUAAAAUGGGAAAACGAUUGGAUUAAUUUUUUGGAGGGUUUAUUUAAGUUUCCAUAUUUAGAACAUUUAGGUACACGCCCUAUAGAAAUUCCAGUUUAUAUAAGAGAAUUGUGUAUAAUUCCUAAACUAUUUGAGAAUCGCUCAGAUAAAGAUAAUAUAACCGUACAUUACAACAAACUAACAAAUGAAGUAACUUGUGACGGAAUUAAAAUAAUAGGUGUCAAAAACGGACCCAUAUCAUUACCCAUACUUAAUCCUUCGGUUAUUAAAUUACAAGAAAAAUCGUUUACUAAAUUUAACCAUUUAAAAUGCAAAAACAUCAGCAAUUUCAUUCAAGAUUCUAUGAAUAUAAUCAUAGAUAUUGACCAAUUUAAUUUUGAACCCAGUGGAAAAAUUAUUUUUAGUAUUCCAUAUAAUUACGAUGAUUCAAUGACCAAAGCAUGUACAGAUGAAAUCAUAGAAAUUUUGGAAAACAAAUUAUGUAUUAAUAGUAAAACAAUUAACUGGGAAAACAUUAAAGAAGUAUCAGAUAUUGAUGAAUCUGGACCGGGAAAGUUUGUCACUGUGACAAAUGCAAAUUAUUUACAAGACACGACCAGAGCAUUGGCCGAUAAAAAAAAUUGUUUCAUUAUUGUAUGUUCGCUAAAAAAAGUUCAAGAACUCAAAGACUGGAAAAHAAUUACACAGCAGGAAUUCAAUAAUAACAACUAUUUAACAUUGAUGAAGAAGAUAAUGACCUUAGAAGAAAACAGCAUAUUUAUUAAACCAACCAAUGAUAAUUACGACUUAAGCAUCUGGAGAGCAUUAGAAACAUUUAAGUUAUCAACGGGRAAAAUUUACAUAGUUUCCAAGUCUGAACCAUUAGAAGGCAUUACCACAUAUGUUAAAGAAAUGUUAAAUAAGUAUAAAUCAAAGAAAUUAAGAUUCUUGUUCAUUUUGGAUUCAAACGUGCCAGAUUUUGAAUCCAACAAAUCGUUUUAUACAUCUCAACUAUCAAAAGAUUUAUUAGUAAAUAUCUAUAAGAACGGUGAUUGGGGUUAUUACAAAAAAAAAAUUCUACAUAAUUUAAAAGACGAUAUUAAGGUCAAUGAAAAUCUGGUAAUUAAAAACAUUACUAAAAAUAGUAGAAACAAAUUAGCAGUAAAAUAUCUAGGGCUGAAUUUUAAAGAUUUAGUUGUUGAAGAAAAUACAGAAAAUAAAUUUGGACCUCUGGAAUACUCAGGGUAUAUCGAUGAAAAAACCACCAUGGGAAUAACUUCGCUCAAUGAAAUAUCUUCUGAAAUGAUUUAUGACCCACUUUUGUCUUGGCCUGUACCAUCGACAUGGUCACURCAAGAUGCAACCACAAUUCCUCUGGCUUACGCCACGUGCUAUUAUGUGUUUAACAUAUUGAGUAAACUUCAAAAUAAUAAAUCUGUUUUGGUGACCUCGGGGUUGCAUCCAAUAGGUCAAGCUGCUAUUUCGAUAUGUUUAAACAUGAAAUGUGAGACAUAUGCUAUUGUUGACUCGGACCAACAAGCUGAUCAACUCUCUUGUACCUUCCCASAGCUAUCACGGUCAAAGAUAAUUAUAAACAAAAACAACAAGUUUGAUGUUCAACUAAAAAUGAUAACCAAGUCCAAGGGUGUAGAUAUUAUAUUGAACUUUUUUAGUGGUGAAUCAUUUUACGCUGCUACYCGUGCGRUUGCUAAACAUGGAAAGCUCUUCAGUUUUUCAAAUUCAGACAUGAAAAAUCAAAAAUAUAUGGGUAUUGGAAUAUUCUUGCAAGACAUAUCAUUUUUUGCUGUCGGUUCAAACAUGUUGUUAAAUGAAAGUAUUGAAAAUAAACAACUUGUACAACAAGCAUUCAUGGAUGGUUUAAAUGAUGGCGUGAUAAAACCUUAUCGUAGUCGUAUUGUUUCAACGCCAUUGAGCGAUAGUAGUUUGUUUGAUACAAUGAGAAGUAACGCAACAUUGGCUACGUCAGAAAAAGUAAUAUUGUCAAUAAAUGGCCAUAUCCAUAAUGUCAAAAGUUCUAAGAUAAAAGAAAAAGAUGAAUUUAAGUCGUUUGAAUGUCAUCCAGACAAAACUUACCUAAUAGUUGGAAAUAGAGGUGAUUGGAUUGACCUCGCUGAAUGGUUGGUCGAACGAGGGGCCCAAAGAAUCGUAAUCGCAGUUAAAAGAUGCUUAAUGUCAUCAWCUAUUUCUAGGAAAUUUGAUAAACUCAUCUCUCAAAAUGUAUCAAUACAAAUCGAAUCAGAUUUACACUUAAAAACUAAAGAAGAAUCGCUUAACUGGUUAAAUUUUUUGACGUCAUCUAAACAUUUAGGAGCAUUAUUUAUAGUGAAUCAGACUGACGAAAAAAAAUUAUUUAAUUUGGGAUAUUCUUUCGAAAAKCUUAAGAAUAAAACAACUGCUACUCCAUUUAUAUGUAUACUAUGUAAAGCGGAAAACAUUUGUGCUGAGCUUAAAGCAAUAGGUUUUAAYGCAUUAAACAUAUCGUGGGAUGGAGUGCCUUCAGGACCAAAAAAUACAGGAAUAGUAUUGUCUUCUCUCGAUUUUUUACUUCAAAAUUCAAACACUUCAGAAUCAUAUUCAUUUAUAUGCUCUAAAAAAAACAACAAUACAUCAAAAUGGUCUUACCCAAUAAACGAUGUAAUUGCGAAUUUUUUCCCUGAAUCUACUAGUGAGUUACACCUUUUAAAUAAUAAAAUAACAAAAGAAGCCGGAUUUAUUGAAGUUGCUACAAGAAGUCCUAGGUUAUCACAAUUGAAGUCUGUUAUACCUGUGUUCACCAUACCUGGAUUUAAUCCAAARGCCAUCGAAUCGUUUUAUAAAMAAWUUUUUUAUCCUGUCUUUGAAGCACAAUACCCUGAAGACAUUACUUCGAUUGAUAUCUUAGCCRAAACUUUAGUAAAUAAACUUAGAAGCAUUACGGAUCRUGGAUAUGUAUCCAUUAUUGGUGAAUCUUGGGGHGGAAUUAUUGCUUUAAAAAUGGCUCAAAUAUUAGAGUCGCAAGGAAUUUUGGUCACUGUAACACUAUUAGAAGUUGACCUAGAGUUUUUAACUGGAUGGGCUAAACGUUUUCUGUCAAAUGAUAAUUUGGCCGAAAGGUUAAAUAAAAUGUAUAAUUCAUACUUUAGUCAGACGAAUGACAAUGAAUUUCAGUCAAUUAAUAUGGCUUUACAACUUAAAAUAUUUAACGAAAACACACAUAGAGCUUUAAACUUGAUUUGGUCUCUAUUACGGACAACCUUGGAGUCUAUACCUCUGUCAAACAGAUUGCAUACGAAUUUGUUGGUAUUAAGAUAUGAAAGGAAGUUUGAAUUCCAUAAAACAGAUUUGAGUGAUUAUUGUAUUAACCCGCCAUUUGUUUUCAUCAUACCUAAGCCAGAUUACAGAAGUAUGUUGGAGGACAAGAACACGAUUGAAUCCAUAAUUAAAAACGUAGCACUAUUGUAUCCGGUUGGAAUUGAAAUAUCAUUGAGUAAUAAAUAUAAAAAUUUUUACUAUAAUGUUGAAAAACAUUCGAUUGUAUAAAUAAAUCAUAACAUUUGAUUUAAUUU